AUGAAGAACAAGUUCAUAAAAGCCUGCGAAAACAAGUUGAAAAUCAUGAAGACCAAAUCCAUAGUCAUACCUUGUUGUACAUCAUAUUCAUGCGAGAGUUGCUGCGAGAAGGUUUCUUGGGGAUUCAAGAAGGAAAAUGAAGUCAUACCAAAGGAUGUUCCAAGAGGACAUUUGGUGGUUUAUGUGGGUGAUGAUUACAAGAGGUUUGUGAUAAAGAUGAGUUUGCUUAACCAUCCGAUCUUCAAGGCGUUGCUUGAUCAAGCUCAAGAUGUUUAUAACUCCUCAAAACUAUGGAUCCCAUGUGACGAGAACACUUUCCUCGAUGUUGUUCGAUGCAGUGGAGCUCCUCAGUAUCAAAGGAACUGCAUUGGCAUGUAA